AUGCAAGACAACAGUUUAGAAUCUUCCACUUCAAUAUCUCAACUUCUGAGAGAGAGUUAUUUAGCUGAAACCAGACAUCCAGGGAACAGUGAAAGAAGUAGAUCAGAAGCAUCUCCCCAUACUUUCCAUUAUGGCAGUACUUCUGGGGCUUCAGAGGAAGUAGCUGGCCAAGAUGACCUUCCAGAUCUCUCUGCCUUUUUGAGCCAAGAAGAAUUAGAUGAAAGUGUAAAUCUGGCAAGACAAGCAAUUGAUCAAGAUCCACUUGAAAAACAGGAUGAGCAACAGACACAUGUACAUUAUAGCUCUGAUCAAGUGAAAAACUGCGGAAAAACAGUUUCAAACAAACAAGUGGCCCAGUCCACAGUUUUGCCAACUUCAGACAAUAGUCUCCACUCAAACUUUUGCCUGGAUCAUGUCACAGAAACAAAAGGUUCCAAAGAGAGCACUCAGGAUCUAAAGAAACAACAGUUUGGUUCUGAAGCAGAAUCCAAAAAGGAAUUCCUAAACAAGGCAGCAGAUUUUAUUGAGGAGCUUUCUUCACUUUUCAAAGCACAUAAUUCUAAAAGAAUAAGACCUAAAACAUGCAAAAACUACAGGAGCAAACUUGAAUCUAAAAUUAAGGCUGCUCAAGAAGGUAGCCCUAGUUUCCCAAAGCUGUCAGAAAAGAGAGAACGACCUUCUAUUCCAGUACCUCAAGACUUGGAUAAUAAAGCAGAGCAUAUACUUGAAAAAACAAAUGAUCUACAGGAGGCAAACUUGGAAGCUAUAAAUCAAUUAGAAAGUACAGAAUUAACAACAGAGACAGCACCCACAUCUUUAUAUUUUGAGGAGCCUAUCGGACAGCCACCACACUUUACACAAAAACUGAAAAGCAGAGAAGUUCCUGAAGGAACCAAAGUGCAGUUGGACUGCAUUGUGGUAGGAAUUCCAGCACCUGAAGUCAGGUGGUACUGUGAAGGAAAGGAGCUUGAAAACUCACCAGACAUUCACAUUAUCCAGUCAGGAGAUCUGCACUCAUUGAUUAUAGUUGAAGCUUUUGAAGAAGACACUGGACGUUAUUCUUGCUUUGCUUCAAACAUCUAUGGGACAGACUCAACUUCUGCAGAGAUAUACAUAGAAGGUGCCUCCUCUUCUGAAUCUGAAGGUGAAAUUAGCACAGAAGAAAUGGAUCAAGUCCAAAAACCAACUGACGUCUCUUUGAAUGCACCAUCUCCUGCUACUAACACUACAACCACUCAUCAAGAGACACCAAAGGUGCCAUCUACUGUGGGUCAGCCAGUUUAUCAGAGUCAAAGCCCCACUAAUUAUUUGCAAGGAUUGGAUGGAAGACCCUUAAUAGCUGCUCCUGUGUUUACAAAGAUGCUACAGGAUAUUUCAGCUUCUGAGGGUCAGCUGGUUGUCUUUGAGUGCAGGGUGAAAGGAGCUCCUUCUCCAAAGGUUGAAUGGUACAGAGAAGGGACAUUAAUACAAGAUUCUCCAGAUUUUAGAAUAUUACAAAAAAAACCUCGAUCUAUGACUGAGCCAGAGGAGAUCUGCACUUUGGUAAUUGCUGAGGUGUUUUCAGAAGACUCUGGGAGUUUCACAUGUACUGCAAGCAAUAAAUAUGGCACUGUCUCUAGCAUCGCUUGUCUAACUGUUAAAGGGCCUGAGGACCAUAGCAAUACUGCUGCCCUUCAUACAAUGAGCUCAAUCAACUUAAUUGCUGCUGAACAACAUCCUACCCCACUCAUCCCUUCACUUCCAGUGGUGGAUCAGCCCCCAAAACCUAAAUUAGAAGGGGUCCUUGUGAACCACAAUGAACCCAGGUCAAGUUCUAAGAUAGGCCUCCGGGUGCACUUUAAACUGCCUGAAGAUGAUAAAGGAAGUGAAACAUCAUCAGAAGAUGGAGUAUCUGCAAACCAGGUUAGACCACACUACUUCCAGGAGAGGAUUAAUGGACAGACAAUGAAAAUACCAGAGCCAACUUCACCUACAAAAGAGCCCCCUCCAGUACUGGCCAAACCAAAACUAGAUCCCACCCAGUUACAACAGCUCCACAACCAGGUCUUGCUUGAACAGCAGCAUCUACAGCAGCCAUCUCCCCCAUCUCCAAGAGAACUGCCAUUCAACACAGGUAUAUUGAACUCCGCUACUUCAUUCAACCAGCAGUCUACAUCAACUAUAUACAAGCAGGCCAAAGUCUCUCCUUCACAGACAUUCAGCUAUACCCGACCGAAACAGUUCCUUGUGUCCCAGAACACCACACCACCUAUCAACUCCCCUUCCAGCUCCCCAGUGCCUACAUUCAGCAGCGUACCUCAAGGAACCCAAAGAACAAUGAACAAGGAAAAUUUCGUAGGAUCUCCUCCACCAAUCCAGACAAGGUCUCCGGGAGGGUUUACAAGCCAAAGUGAGCAGCCUCUAGCAAGUCCCAAAGAAUCAGUGUUGCCUCCACUAUUGCUUUCUAUAUCUAGCCUGAACCAAUUUCAGCCCCACAGCGUACUUCCUACUCCUGUCUCUCCAAUCAGCCGGAUUCAGAACCCAGUAGCCUUUCUCAGUUCUGUUCUUCCUUCACUUCCUUCUAUACCACCAACCAAUGCUAUGGGUCUGCCUAGAAGCGCACCAGCUGCAGCAUCCCAUGGACUAAUGAAGAAAAAUCUAAAGCCCCUGCAAUUAGCAACGGAUGAUUAUAUUCACAACAAUAAAGUUGCAGUUGUAAGGGACCUGCAGAGAAAAAUGCAUUUCAAAGAGGAUGUCCGUCGACAUGGUAGUCAGCAGGAAUACAAGAUUUCAAGCUUUGAACAGAGGUUGAUGAAUGAAAUAGAGUUUCGCCUGGAACGCACCCCAGUGGAUGAAUCAGAUGAUGAAAUCCAACAUGAUGAAAUACCUACAGGCAAGUGCAUAGCACCCAUCUUUGACAAGAGACUCAAGCAUUUUCGGGUCAUGGAAGGAUCUCCUGUUACAUUCACCUGCAAAAUUGUUGGAAUACCCAUACCCAAAGUAUAUUGGUUCAAGGAUGGCAAGCAGAUUUCAAAGAAAAAUGAACAUUGCAAAAUGAAGAGAGAGGGAGAUGGAACAUGUUCUCUACACAUUGAAGCUACUACUAAUGAUGAUGAUGGAAACUAUACAAUAAUGGCUGCAAAUCCUCAAGGGAGAAUCAGUUGUUCUGGCCACUUGAUGGUUCAGACUGUUCCCAUGCAUGGCCGAUUAACAACUACUCAGUCGCACAGAGCAAGGUCCCGUGUGCAAGAAGGAGAUAAAGAACCACUACAAGAACGCUUUUUCCGGCCAUAUUUUCUGCAGGCACCUGGAGACAUGGUAGCUCAUGAGGGGCGACUUUGUAGACUGGACUGUAAGGUGAGUGGGUUACCAACUCCAGACCUGAUGUGGCUUCUGAAUGGCAAACCUGUAUUACCAGAUAGCACUCACAAGAUGUUGGUCAGAGAGACCGGUGUUCACUCUUUGCUUAUUGAUCCUCUCACACAAAAUGAUGCUGGAACUUAUACUUGCAUUGCAACCAACAAAACAGGACAAAAUUCAUUUAGCCUGGAGCUCAGUGUUGUAGCAAAGGAAGUCAAAAAAGCCCCAGCAUUCCUGGAGAAGUUACAGAAUUGUGGCGUGCCUGAAGGGCACCCAGUCAGAUUAGAAGGCAGAGUGAUUGGAAUGCCACCACCAAUAUUCUACUGGAAGAAAGACAAUGAAACCAUCCCUGCAAACAGAGAAAGGAUGAGCAUGCAUCAAGACACAACAGGAUACGUAUGCCUUUUGAUUCAACCUGCCAAGAAAGUAGAUGCUGGUUGGUACACUCUGUCCGCGAAAAAUGAAGCUGGUAUUGUUUCAUGCACUGCUAGACUUGAUAUAUAUGCCCAAUGGCACCAACAGAUUCCACUACCAAUAAAGUUUCGACCUAGUGGUGGCCGGUAUGCAAACCUCACUGGUCAAGGACUCGACAUUUUUUCUGCCUUUUCAGCUGUUGAAAGUCCAAAGUUGUUUUCAUCCUCAUCCCAGAGCGUGGUGGAAAGUGAAGAACUUUAA